GCGCGCAGCACCGCGCGUGCAGCCGUCUCCCCUCGAGCUGUGUGCGCUGACACAGCCCCGCAGAGCCUCCAGCGGCCGCCUCACUGUCCGCGUUCACUCCGCCACAGACGGAGCUCCAGCUACACGAGCGAGACCCGGGAGCGGCUCCAACCCUGCGACGCACACAGAGAAGUAUCCCGCUGAAGGAAGGAGAGAGCUGGAGAACAAGAGACGCCUCCAACUGCUCCGCGUACGUUACUCUCUACCCGGCAUCGCUCCGCCGCCGGACGGACCGCUCACCCCGAGAGACGAGAGGGAACCACGUUGGACGUUUUGCUUUUCUUCCACAAGAAAAUGGCAUCAAACGACUCGCGGCUCCAGCAGCAGCCGUCCCAGAAGGACGCGGCCGACCAGAACUUCGACUACAUGUUCAAGCUGCUGAUCAUCGGCAACAGCAGCGUGGGCAAGACCUCCUUCCUGUUCCGCUACGCCGACGACUCCUUCACCUCGGCCUUCGUCAGCACCGUGGGCAUCGACUUCAAGGUCAAGACCGUGUUCCGCAACGACAAGAGGAUCAAGUUGCAGAUCUGGGACACGGCGGGGCAGGAGCGCUACCGCACCAUCACCACGGCGUACUACCGAGGAGCCAUGGGCUUCCUGCUCAUGUAUGACAUCAGCAACCAGGACUCCUUCAACGCAGUCCAGGACUGGGCGACGCAGAUCAAGACGUACUCGUGGGACAACGCUCAGGUGAUCCUGGUCGGCAACAAGUGUGACCUGGAGGACGACCGGUUCGUCCCCACGGAGGACGGCCAGCGGCUGGCGGAGGACCUCGGUUUCCAGUUCUUCGAGGUCAGCGCCAAGGACAACAUCAACGUGAAGCAGGUGUUCGAGCGCCUCGUGGACGUCAUCUGCGAGAAGAUGAACGAGAGCGUCGAGGGCGACGGCAACCUGGCGUCCAACCACAGGAACCAGGUCCUGAAAGACUCGCCGUCGGAGAGCCACGGGGGCUGUGGCUGCUGAACCGCCCGGCCUCUUACCAGCUCCCCCGACACACACACACACACACACACACACACACACACACACAGACAUUUCCUCUCUGUGCCUCGACCACGUAAAGUGCCGGACCUCUUCCUCUCUCAUCCCUCCAGCCACAACCAAAGGGACAGCUCGCUGAAAUAAUCUUCAUCAGCGUUGUCAGGCCCUCCUCCUCCGCCUCCUCCCAGUGUUUCAGUCUUUGACGUUUUUAAUGGGCUUUCUAUCCCUGUUGUUUCUGUGGGGAGCUGAUAGUCCCCUGAAGCCGGUCCUUGGCCCCGCCCACUUCAACCGCCCCUCGACAACCGCUGCGACCUUAUCUGAACCUUUUUGUUUUGUGGCUUUCUUUCUUUUUUUUCUUCUCCAAGACAAAUAUUUGUGCAGAUAAUGCUUGAAAGCUAGGGAUGCCAAAUAGUGACCGUGGGCGGCUGCUGAGCCGGCUUCAUAUUCACCGUAGGCUACAAGGGAGAGGGGCAUCGAUCUUAAAUGUUGAAUAUAUAUAUAUAAAUAAAUGUCUUUGAGUAGAGACGGGGCGGCCAACUCGGCGGUGGAGAUAAUAAACCUUCACGUUGUCGUUUCUUGGGUUCGACGUUAUGAUCCGCUCACGUCUCCACGGAGAUCACGCACGAGUCGACGGCGUCCCGAUGGAAGUUAUUUACAUUUCAAAGCAAAGAUCGGUUGUGAAUAUAUUUUUAUUUUCUAUUGUUGGUUGUUUUCCGUGAAGUGUCCUUUCCGGUCCGGACGUGCUGACUCAUCCGCACUACUUUAACACGAGUGUGCGGAACACUUCGUGUAGUAUUUCAGCGCGGUGCAGGUAUUUAAAUGUCCAGGAGGGGGCGCCACCGAGCCUCAAUGUGCUCAACUGUCCUGACGUCUGAAUAUUUAACCACUUUGUCUGGUUCCUGCCAUAUUGUAACACUGACGUGUGUGUGAGUAAGUUUGUGUUCCUUCUCUCUUCUGUGUGGCCCUUUGUGUGUCACGUGUCUCUUUCCUGAUUGGAGGCUUUUCUAAAAGGGGAGAUCACAUCGUUGGAUCCCUUUUUUAAAUUAUUAUUGAAGGUUCUGAAUGUGUAGGAUGGAUUGUGUGUGUGGUGGGGGGGACAAAGAAAAAAAAUGCAUCCUAUAAAUCAAGUAUGUCGACAUGUGUAUUUGAAAAAUAAAGAAUAUAUUCAUUAUAAAGGG